AUGGCUUUGUCCGUCUGUAAAUCUAUCGACUUUGACAGAAACGAGCACGUGUGUAAAUUAAACGAUGUUGACCGGUCGUCCGUUCAUCCAUUUGAGUUUGUAACAAAGCUAGGCGCUAUAUUCUCUGAUAUCAGCGAAUGGCCUAGCAGAAUGGUUGGAAGUUGUGGCUCUAGGCCGUGUAAAGCGAACCAAAGGUGUUACCAAAAUGGUGCUUCACAUGUUUGCAACGACAUAACCUGUGCUUUUGAUCAGAAAAUUGAAAAAGGUAAAAUACAGAUUAACACGCCUGGCGAAAAUAAGUUCCUCGACGUAGCUCAAGUAAAAUGUGACAAUGGAUAUGUUCCUAGUCAACAAGAGGUGAAAUGUGAGGCUUCGGGACAAUGGCAGCCUGCCACGUGUACGAAAGAGAUAAAAUUAGAUCUACCAAGUGAUUGUAAAAAAGUCCUUGAUAAGUUUCCUGAAGCGAAAAGUGGACAAUAUGAGAUAGAACUUUGGACAUCUGGGAAAAUUCUGACUGUGAAUUGUGACAUGGAAACCGACGGCGGAGGUUGGACGAUAUUUCACAGGCGAAUGGAUGGGUCAGUGGACUUUUAUCGCAACUUGACAGAGUAUGAGAAUGGUUUUGGGAACGUUGAUGGAGAGUUGUGGCUAGGAUUAAAGUAUAUAAAAGAACUAGCUGAACAAGGUUCUACAAAGAUUCGUCUUGAUAUGACAAGUAGUGAGAAUAGAACAGGACAUGAAACUUGUCCAGAUUUUAUGUUAACAGAAGGAAAAAAUUAUACACUAAACAUUGGGUCAUGCAUAGGUUUUGGAGUGUUAGAUGAAGAAUAUGGAUUAGCUUGUGAAAAUCAUAAUCCAUUUUCAACUUACGAUCUUUAUCUUGAUCGUCGUGAUUAUGAUUACGAGAACUGGGCCGAGAUAAGUCAUGGAGCCUGGUGGGAUAGCUAUGAUAGUUGUGUCAAUCUAAAUGGAUACUAUGGGACGCCAGGCAUGGAAUGUGAAUUUUCCGGUGCCUACAUAAAUUAUUGUGGACACUUCCAUUAUGGGUUUGAUAGAUAUUUGUCAUUGAGAUCGUCAUCAAUGAUGAUAAGAAGAAAAUAA